UCGCUUUUUGAUACUGCUAGUGAAGGAUCUUUCCUCAUAAAUUUCAGUGUCAAUCACGACCAAUCGGACAGUCGACGUGCCGUAAAAAACCCGCCUGUCUGUCACUAUACUACCUUUAUAGCCAUGGCAGCAACAAAUUUCUCAAAUCCGGACUCGCUUGACGUUUUGACGUCAAUGGUCAACCAAACGCUUAUAGAGACCGGCCGCUUUUUCAAAACCGGGGGUUCCAUGCAGUCCAGGGCCCAACUCAAGCGUUCAAUUCCCACUGCUCAUGAAAAAUUCCAGAGUGCACUGGAUAAUUUAUCGGAGCAAAUAUUUAUUGCCAAAGCUUUCCUUGAACGAGACUACGAGGCAGUCCAAGCCAAGAAAGCCGUCCUUCAGCCCGUUGAAGAUGUUGUUAUGAAUGAAUCGAACGUUAAAGUUGAAUCAGAGUUGACAUCACAGCCUUCUGAACAACCAGUGACCGACGCAGACACCGUCCAGCCUAAGACGGAGCCAGCUGACGAUACUCUUGCUCCGAAGCCCCAGGCCGAUGCAAAUGCUAGCCAACCAAGCGAUCAACCCGUCAAAGUAGAGAAGCCCGAGGAAGAUGCCGCUGCUGUGCCUGCAGCACAACCCGUUGCUGCGUCAGGCGAUUUCAACUUCGAUUCCAUGCUAGCCGAUAAUUCUGGGACUAACGAUUUCGACCUGAACUUGGACUUUGGAGAUGAUGGCGUGGGAAAUGACAGUUUCUUGUCAGGCUCUAAUCUAGCUAAUGCCACCAGCACUACCAACAAUGGCAACGGGGGUGAACCCAAUCAGUCAAGCAAUGCUCCAACGGCUUUGCCUGGUACUGAGAACACCCCCGUUCCCGCACCGAUGGGAGGGGAUGCAUUCGACCUUGAACUACAAAAAGCCGAAGCAUUCACUAGCCAGGGGGAUAACUCAGGGGAGCAGCCGUUUGAUGGACAAGGUGGCAGUAACAUGGAAGAUGUCAUGGCACCAGGAGAAUCUAGCUUCGACGAUCUAUUUAUGGAAAACGAUAAUUUCGGGGGGGAUGGAGCUGGAGACGCUAGCUUACUAGAUGGGGAUGGGUUGGUCAACAUCAACGACCUGGAUGACAGCUGGUUCACUUGAUAUCCUCCGCAUGAACGUUGCUGGAGAGAUGGAUCAGCCACCUUCGCACGGAUAGACAAAAAGCAAACAGCUAUAUGCUAGUCGGGCGAUAACAUUCCAAGUGGGAUG